AUGUCAACCCAAACCCCCAAAUCCGAAAACAUCAGCGUCAGUAUCAACUCAGCUGCACAAACCUCACCCAAAGAUAUACCCGCAGCAGAACAGCUUCCUCUCGAUGAUGUCCCUGUCAAACGGCAGUUCUUCCGCUCCACGCUCUUCCAGCUCCUGGUCGUCAGCCUGUGCGCCUUUACCUCGCCGGGCAUCUGGUCGGCCAUGAAUGGACUCGGCGUCGGCGGGUCAGAAAGCCCUGACCUGGUCAACGCGGCGAAUGCAAUUCUCUAUGCCAUCAUGACCGUGACCUGUUUUGCAGGCCCCUUUGUCACAAAUUUACUAGGCUUCCGAUGGACCCUUUCUCUCGGCUCGGUCGGCUAUCCUCUAUAUGCUGCCGGGCUGUACGUGAACAACCGCUCCGGAACGACGUGGUUUGUCUACUUCGGCGCUGCCGCGUGUGGCCUCUCUGCCGGUCUAUUUUGGUCGGUCGAAGGUGCCAUCGCAACGGGGUAUCCGGAGGCAUAUAAACGGGGCAGAUACCUCGCGACCUGGUUCUCGUUCCGGAACAUGGGGAACGUUAUUGGCGGCGCUGUUUCGCUUGCCCUCAACCACAACGCUAAUCAAAAGGGGGAAGUGGGAUACCAGCUGUAUCUAGCAUUUAUCGCCAUACAAUGCCUUGGGUUUUUGAUUGGGUUGUUAUUGUCGAACCCCGAGAAAGUGCAACGAGACGAUGGUACUAAAAUCAACGCUCCUAGGGGCACGGAUUGGAGAACUGAGCGGAAAGCAAUGUGGCACUUGGCUCGGAGCAGAUCAAUCUUGCUACUGGCGCCGUUGUUUUGGUACUUUGGCUGGAUGCAGGCAUACCCGGGCACAUACCUCGAAACAUACUUCACAGUCAGGGCCCGAUCCCUGGGCAGCUUUUUAUCGGCCAUUGUCAUGACACUGUCGACAUGGCUGGCUGGAACACUAGUUGAUCUGCGCUGGCACAAGAAUCGAAAAGUCCGUGCAGUCGCUACAUACACCCUCAUAGCAGCAAUCAACAGCGCCACGUGGAUAUGGGCAGUGUACAUCCAAGACGAGUAUCGAAAAACCGACCCUACACUGGACUGGGGCUCUCCGGCUUUUGGAAGGGGCUUUGGGCUCUAUAUGCUUCAGUCGGUCAGUUUGGCCACGGUCGAGAACUACAUCUACUGGUGCAUCAGCAACCUCUCAGACUCUCCCGGUGGGCAGAUACGCUAUAGCUCUUUGUUGCGAGGGAUCGAAACUGCGGGCGUGGCAGUGUCGUUUGGAGUUCAGGCAGUACCCACGGCGCUCAUAGUCACGGCAGGCCUCAAUCUCGGCUUCUGGUGCGUGGCCUUGCCAUUUAGCUACUAUGCCACUCUGCAGGUUGUGCGGAAAUUCCGAAAGCUGGAUGUGUUUGGAUAG